GAAAUGUGGUAUAUCACAAAUAAGUCUACGACGAAUAAAAGGGAAAUGGAUUCCAUAUCUUAAUUAAUCAUUCUUCUCAAAGUGUGAUUUGAUUUAUCUUUUGGGAUUUUAGAUUGAGCAUUUUCUAUGUUAUAGCAUUCUACAUUUCUUGUAAACUACAUUAACAGUAUAACAUCGUCUCCCUAUCCAACAUUAUCCAUUAUAAUUAUUCAUAUUCUUAUUUCUUACCAUCAAGUCGAACAACAACCCAUCUCUUACACAACAUAAAAGUAAUUUAAAAAUCAAAGCUUAAUAUUCGAGAUGUGAGAAUGUCCAUGCAUGCACCUUUAGUCCAUACUCCAUAAUAGUGUGAUUCAGUCUAAAAGAUGUUAGGAGAAAAAAGGCUAUACACCUUCAAGAAAAAAGUCGUUUUGAGUCGCAUGCAUUAUCCAAUUUAUUGUAUUUAUAUUUAAGAAAAUGAAGGAGAUAGAGAUUUUAGUAGUGUGUAUGUAUAUAUGUCAAAGAUCAAUAAUCACCACGAGUUUUAUUUUUCUUUUCCGUUGUAUAAAAGUGAAGAAAAAGAAGAAGGUCAAGAACUUAUCCAAAUGACAAAAACAGAGAGUGAAUUAAAUUGUAGAGAAAAAGUACAAAAGUAGUAAAAGCAAAGUUUAUCCACAACAUCAACAAGAAAACACACGUGGCAAAAUGGAGAGAGCUGAAGACGGCGGCAGAGCCACGUGGGGAUCACGUGAACCCAUCUCCGUCUCAUCAGAAGUUGGUUAUAUAACAGACCGUUGGGGAGUUAGGGCAAAACCAAAAAACACCAAAGUCAUCAUCAUCAAUAACUAUCAUUAUCCAUUGCUCUUUCUUGUUCUCUCUCUCUCACACACAAAUCAACAUCUUGAGUACGUCUCUCUCUGGCUCUACUCUUAACAAAGCUCACUGCGAGAUAUAUAAUUAGUACUUAAUCAUCCAUGGAUAUGAAGAAAACCAAAGCUACUUCCUCAUCUUCUUCACCUUCUUCACUUGAUCAUCUCUUUGGUCCCAAAGGAUCAACCUCUGCUACUUCGGCUUCUUCUUGUUCAACUAUACUCGAUUCCAUUUUCCCUCCUCCUGUAUCAAAGAAGAACGGAAAUCACACUGCUUAUGAAGUGCAAAGCAGCAUUUCUCAAACCACUGAUGAGAGAAGCAUCCAUGAAAAGAGAGAAGCUUCCUAUUACAGUUCCUCCAUUUACUACGGGGGCCAGCAACACUAUUCACCUCCACGAACCGAUGGCUCCUCCACUUCUCCAUCUCAUCACCACAAAGAAACUGAUGAUCGAACCGAUGACACAAACGCUACUUCCAGGGGAAAUUGGUGGAAAGGUUCUUUGUAUUACUAAGAGGAGCAACCUAACUAGUCUCACUUGAUUUCUGCAAUGGCCAUGCCAUAUAUAUCGAUGCAUUCAUAUCCGUCACUUCGCAGUGUGAUCUUUGGGUUUUGUUUAUAUAUAUGUUCAUCUUUUGUUUUUGGUUGUAAUCCUACAUAGUUUAAGAUGGCGAUUAUUUGACCUCAUCUACCACUAAUGUAUGGUAAAUAAAAUACUCACGAUCUUAGUAACUAGUUAUA